GGUCUGCACCGUAAGGCAUAAAAGCGCUUGUCGAGUCGUUGAUGGUUAGCAGCAUAGCACCCCAUCUCGAAGAAGCAUAGGUCGAACCUUGCCUUUCCACGGUUUAAUUCACAUAUUUAUGAUAUUCAUCGUGGACUACCGGGCGCAUGUUUUUUGCUGGUUGAAUAAUCUCAAACCUCGCAAUUAAAGUGUAUCCCGCGGCAUGUAGUUAGCGUGCUGGCUAACGUUACCGGCUUUGCGCCAGGGCAGGAGUGAAGACCAAUCAAUCACCGGGUACCUUCACCGCUAGUUUUUGUGUAACGGUACAGUGUGGUGCUGCUGAGGCAAGGGAAAAAACGCAGCGGUCACCGGUGACUGGAUCUUGUGGCGUGAGCACCAAUGCAGUCUAGAAAACACGGCGAAUCCCAGUCACCGGUGUAAAACACGGUGUGUAAAAUACGUUUAGUAGCCCUCGAACCAGAUUAUAAUAAUAGAUAGGUCGCUAGCUUGAUAGCAGGACAAGUGCAACGCAAGGAUGUUGCAAGUGCUGGCUUGCGGCGUCGUAGUUUUUCCCGGUCUCUUCUUCAUCUUUCGGAGAGUACUACCUUCCAUUUUCAAACAGUGGACCGAUGCCGACGUUGUACUGGUCAGCGAGAGGCUGGUGUCCUCCAUCCACGCCAUCAUGGCCACCACGGCGGGAGUCAUCGUGGUGUCGGCGUGCAGCGGUAACGUCAUGACUGACAGGUACUGGCUGGCCACCUACUUUGUCAUCUGGUACGGCGUACCCUACAUGACAUACGAUAUCUAUGCCAUGUACCUAAGCCACUACUACCGCUUCCGGGUCAAGGGCCACGAGGAGUACAAGGAGCACUCGCUGACCACGGUCAACUCGUUUGUCCGCCGCGAGUUCCUACUGGUGCUCCACCACAUCGCCCUGCUCACCAUCUUGCUGCCCGUCACUCUGUUCUUCAGGAGGGACCAGGGAGACUACUUCAUUGGCUGCCUGUUUCUCACAGAGCUCAGCACGCCCUUCGUCUCCUUAGGGAAGAUCCUCAUCCAGCUGGGUCUGCAGGACUGCUGGGUCCACAAGGCCAAUGGGGGCAUGGUGCUGCUCAGCUUCUUCCUGUGUCGAAUCGCCCUCUUUCCCUACAUGUACUGGGUCUACGGCCGCCACUACGGCAUCCCCAUCUACGGUGUGCCGUUCCAUCUGACGCUGUCGGUCAACCUGGGCAACUUAUGCAUCCUGGCGCCGCAGGUCUACUGGUUCGUGCUGCUUUGCCGCAAGGGCUGGCGGCUCUACCAGCGCCAGCGUCACGCCACCGCUGCUGCCGGCAGCCAGGACUCCUCCCCCCUGCCCCCACCUAGCCCCUCCCUCACGGACAACCAACCCAAGGGAAACCAUUAGAGCUGGAGAGGUCACUCCGUCACCAUUGCGCUCUCUCGGAUCUUUCUUGGUUCUCUCUACUCUACCUGCGCUCGAGUCACACAAAAACGAACCACCAUUGACUACUAUUUACUACUUACUACUACUACUGCAAAGGCACUAUGGCUACUUACCACAGUCUCCCCAAAACUACUACUACUACUACUACUAUUAUCACUACUUCUACUACUACUACUAUCGUUACUACUAUGAUAACACUAGCUACUGCUCUUCCACCCAUGCCCAGUCCAAGCGAUACUGAUGAUGAUUUUUGACCCCCCUCCUUAGAUCUUUUUUGGGGUUCCUACCCCCCCACCCCCCUCUUUCUGGAUUAUAGGGACUGGACAUGGGUUAUAUUUGGAGUGCUACAGUGGAGUUUCCCGAAAGGAUAUGAAGAAGACUGAGAAUGGAACUCCUGGCUUUUUUUGUUGGGGGGAUUGGGGGGGGGUCUUGCUUCUUCCCCCAUAUUACGUGACCUGUGCAGUGUUGAGACACUCCCCCAGCCUCGCCCCCUGCCCCUCUAUUACUAGAUCUGCUGAGUGGAGGGUCUGUUACAGUGUAGAUGUGUGUAGAAUGUGUCUGUAGAAUUUCUUGAUUUGUUCUAUUUGGUGUCAAUGAUUUUUAAGUGUCAAGUUUUGAAGAUCCCCAUUUUAUGAAGUGUUUGUCCACCCACCCAGUCCUGAUCUUUAAAAGACCAGAGGGAAAGGAGGAGAUGGGAUGGAUGGGAUGUACUAAGCUAGGUACGGGUGUCACCUCAUCCACAUUUGAAGGAGACAAUGAAGUAGAAAUGUUUGCUCCAAGCUCUUUGCACCAGCAUACCUACACAAAAAACCCAUUUAAUGUGAUUGGAUUGUGGAACCCCACUCUCCUUUAUCCACUUUGACACCUCCCAUUGUCCUUUCUCCUCAUUUGCCUGUCUCUAUGGCUGCUGCCGCUGGCCAAUCGGUGCGCCUGCAGCGCUCCCGUCUUCCUCCUUUGUUGUUUAUGGCCCAACAGAGUUCUGUGUGCUGCCCUGCUGCGUCUGUUUACAGUCUAUAAGCCCCACCCCUCAGUGUCACACAGGGGGUGGGGCAUCACAAGCCCCACCCCUCCCCAGAGAGGGGGAGGAGCCUCUAUAUUAUGUGCUGUGUCCUCCCUGCCUAAAGGGGGAGGCUUAGCAAAAGAUUUGUCCGUAUGUUUACACACGCAGGACUUCUCAGAGACGGAAGAGCAAGCGAGAGAUCCCACUCCCUCAUUUUUUCUGUUUCAAUGGAAGUCCACGAACGAGGUAGACCAGACCCAGCUGCUAUUACAUUGGUGUCUAUGGGAGAGCCACCCCCUUAAAUACACCUGAACUGGAAAAAAAAAAUGAUAUGGUAAACGGCCUGAGUGAACUAUCUUCAUUUAUCCACCAUCUUUGGACUUCUCUGGGAGCGCUACAGCGGCAUUAGAAGGAAUGGGGUAGGUUGUUUAGUCCCGGGUUCGGCUCGGUUGCUACAGCGACAACUGAAGCUGCUUUUAAUGGGUGGAGACACAAGACUUUACGGUCACUCGAGGUCAAGUUUGCCGGGUAUGGGUGGUUAGGUGCUUCUGUUAGGUACAUUUUGCCCUCCGGCAAAAGGUGUCAGGGGUGCUUCUGUUAGGUCAAUGCUGCCCUCUGGCAAAGGGGUCUGGGGGCCACAUGGGAGGGGCUUGUAUACCCCUGGGCGUCCCAUUUAAAGUGGAACUGACACCGUUUUAACUACUUUGCAGAUAUGAAAUAGACAAUCAUAAUAUCACUCCAAAAU